GUGAAGGAGAUCUCAGCCUCUGAUCCGGCCCUUCCAGAUUCCUGGAAUAUUCGGGAUGCCUCUGUCGGACACAAGACAUAAAUCAAACUCACAUUAUUCAUCUUAAACCCCUCCCUGGUACCUGACAACGUGGGCAGCCAUUUUGAACUAUAAACCUGAUAAGUAGGAAUUAGAGGAACAUUCAGAGUAUGAGGUCCAUAUACUUAGGGAAAAGGUCAGUGAGGACGCCAUGAGUUCCCGCUUCCUCCCUCCUGCUAGCUGCCUGUGCCAGCGGAGCUAUGGUCUAGACGUGGCUGAGGUCUCUGGCUGCGUCCUGCCUUGUAUCUCGCUCUGUAGUCACCCCUCCAUCUGGUUGUAUCCACUACAUCUGCCCCCACACCGCAGACACCCGCCCCUCGCCAGCCGCUUCCUCUCUACACGGGUGCAGAAGCUCCCCAGCCUCCCUCCCCUCCUCGUCCUCUCCUCCUUGCGCUUAUUGUACGUCUCCUCCUCCUCUCUCUGCUCUGUCAGCGUCCGGAGAGCGCUCACAUUGGGACGCCCGCAGACCGAGAGCAGAAGCCAGACACGAGACGCUUUUCUACUUCUUUUUUCGUGGUUUUGUUUUUUGUUUCGCUGGAUGAUGCAUUCCUGAUUGCGUUAGGGAGAAGUGGUGAGCCACUUGGUGAGGGUUUGACUGGCCGGUCAGAGUGAAGAGCUCACUGUGUUGGACAGGAGUACAUCUGAAGUUCUACGGCUGUUUCAGACCACCACGUCCCACCACAAGGAGCACUUCAUUCUAACUGGGCUCGGACAGGGCCGUACUCGCUGAAAAGGAAACCAAAACAACGUCCCAAAAAAGACAAUGAGCCUCUUGUUGUCCACGGCGACCACCGGCAGCGUGAUCGCGACCACGAACGCGACCAACAGCAGUCGGAAGUGUGUGGACAUCGAGGACAGCAUCAUCAGCGACCUGCUCAUGGGGCUGUACAUCCUGGUCUUUAUCUUCGGCCUGACCUUCAACGUUCUAACCCUGGGGCCCAUCAUCCAGCAGGUGAGGAGCCGGAACGUCCUGGGCAUCUUCCUCCUCAACCUGUCCUUGUCCGACCUGCUCUUCAUCCUCACCAUGCCGCUUUGGAUCAACUACUACUACCACAACCACCGCUGGGGGCUGAGCGUGCUGUCCUGCAGCAUCGCCGGCUUCUUCUACUACUCCAACAUGUACAUCAGCAUCUUCCUGUUGUGCUGCAUCUCGGUGGACCGCUGCCUGGUGGUCACCUUCCCACUCCGCUUCAAGACGAAGCGCACGUCCUGCUACGCCUGGAUGGCCUGCCUGGCGGUCUACGCGGUGGUGGUGGUGCUGCACGUCAUGGUGCUGGUGAAGGACAACCUGACGGACGCCCACGACGAGCGCAACGACAACGACCGCUGCUACGAGACCUACCCCAUGCAGGCCCCCGUGGCGCUCUUCAACCUGCUGCGCGUGGGCCUGGGCUUCCUGCUGCCGCUGCUGGUGCUGGGGGUCAGCUACUGGAAGGUGCUGGCCACGGUGGGCCAGAGCCCCGGCCUCAGCGCCCAGGCCAAGAGGAAGGUGAGGCUGCUGUCCUUCGGCGUCAUCGGCAUCUUUUCUAUCUGCUUCGCGCCGUACCACCUGCUGCUGCUGGCGCGCUCGCUGGCCUACUACCUCAGCCCUGACACCAUUCCCCAGGGGAGCUACUGCUCCUUCGAGCAGAUCAUGCACUUCCCCUUCUCCUGCACGCUGGCCCUGUCCAGCCUGAACUGCGUGGUGGACCCCGUGCUCUACGUGCUGGUCAGCAACGGUGUGAGGGAGGAGGUGUUCUGCUGGAGGCGGCACAAGAAAACCCCGGCCAGCGCCACCUGCUCCCUGAACCGCUACACCAGGACCACCGCCACCCCAAACCUCAUCUGA